AUGGAGGCCAAUUCUAAAUAUCCAGAGGGUAGAGGACUAAAGUAUGCUGAAUUUCCUGCAUCAUUUGUGUAUGAUAAGAAAGAGAAGAAAUGGAGUCCUCGGAAACAAGGAUUUUCUAUUGGGCGCAUUAACUUUGUUCCACCUGGAUGUGGAGAGUUGUAUUACUUGAGGAUGUUGUUGAAUGUUCAAAGAGGAUGUACCAGUUUUGAAGAUUUGAGAUCUGUUGACAAUCGUGUAUAUGAUACUUUUAGGGAGGCAUGUAUUGCAUUGAAUUUACUUAAGGAUGAUCGUGAAUAUAUAGAUGGUAUACUUGAUGUGUCCACACUUGCUUCUGGUUCAUACAUGAGGGGAUUGUUUGUUUCAUAUCUAUUGGGAAAUUCUAUGGCAGAUCCCUUGCAUGUUUGGAUGAAGACUUGGUCAAUUUUAGCUGAUGGAAUUGUGCAUGAUAUACGAAGAACUCACAAUAAUUUAGAUUUGGUUAUUGAUGAAGAACAUCUAAAGCAAUUAUGUUUGAUGGAGAUAGAGAAGGUAUUGAUUGUGAAUGGAAAAUCCCUCAAAGAUUUCCACAAUAUGCCAUGUGUUGACUCCAGUAUUUUGACACAAUAUGGUAAUAUUUUGCUAUUGAAUGAGCUUAACUUUGAUACCAUUGAGAUGAGCAAAUUACAUGUUGAAUGCUUUAGUAUGUUGAAUUCUGGCCAAGCUAAGAUAUAUGAGGAGAUUAUGUCGGCAGUUAAUAGUGAUGAUGGUGGAUUUUUCUUCGUUUAUGGAUAUGGUGGAACAGGCAAGACUUUCCUUUGGAAAACAUUGAGUUACAAAUUAAGAUCUAAGAAAAAAAUUAUCUUAAAUGUAGCUUCAAGUGGUAUAGCGUCACUUCUACUUCUUGGUGGUCGAACUGCACAUUCUCUAUUUUGUAUUCCACUUAAUGUGAAUGAGGAUUCAUGUUGUGGGAUUGUGCAAGGAAGUCCUAAAGCUGAGCUUCUUCAAUUAACCAGUCUCAUUAUUUGGGAUGAAGCACCAAUGGUUAGUCGAUAUGCUUUUGAGGCGUUGGAUAGAACAUUGAGAGACAUCAUGAGGUUCUGUAACCCAGAUAGUUUUGAUAAACCAUUUGGUGGCAAGGUUGUUGUUUUGGGUGGUGAUUUCCGGCAAAUUUUACCGGUUAUCCCUAAGGGGAGUAGAGCUGAGAUAGUUACGGCUACCAUUAACUCGUCUCGAUUAUGGAGGUUUUGUAAAGUUCUGACUUUGACUGAAAAUAUGCGUUUGUUUUCUAACUUAGUGACCCCAGAUGUUGAGGAAAUUAAAGUUUUUGCGAAGUGGGUUCUCGAUGUUGGUGAUGGAAUUCUAGGAUAUUAUAAUGAUGGUGAUUCUGAUAUUAAAGUUCUUGAUGAGACUUUGGUUCCACAAUCGUCUAAUCCCGUAGCAGAUAUUGUUCGAGCUAUUUACCCUAAUAUUAUGGACAAAGUUGGUUGUGUCGAUUAUUAUGAAGACAAGGCUAUUCUUGCUCCAACAUUGGAUGCUGUUGAUUCGAUCAACCAAUAUGUGUUGUCACUAUUCCCCGGUAAGGAAAAGAUUUACUUAAGCUCUGAUACAGUGUGGAGUGUGAGGGAAGAGAUUGGUAUUGAGGCUGAUUGGGUAACAACUGAAUUUUUGAAUGACAUUAGAUGUUUUGGUAUUCCUGAUUACCGAUUAGUAUUGAAAGAGGGUGUUCCUGUUAUGCUCAUGCGUAAUCUAGACAUUUCAACAGGUCUUUGCAAUGGAACGAGGUUUGUUAUUACUCAUCUCCGUCCAAAUGUUGUUGGUGGUAUUGUCAUCUCGGGCACCCAUAUUGGUAGGAAGGUCUUUAUUGGUAGAAUGAAUUUAAUGCCAACUAAUGAGAACAUGCCAAUUAAGUUCCAAAGAAGACAAUUUCCGUUACUACUUUCAUUUGCAAUGACUAUUAAGAAAAGUCAAGGUCAAACACUAUCACAUGUUGGCAUUUACUUACCAAAUCCCGUCUUUUCACAUGGCCAAUUGUAUGUUGCUAUAUCUCGAGUAAAGACAAGAGCUGGAUUGAAGAUACUUAUAUGUAAUGAAGAUAUAAGUCAAAUAAAUGUUACGAAGAACAUUGUCUUCAAUGAGGUUUUCCAAAAAAUUUACUCUUCUUAA